AGAAAUCCCCAAUCCCGAAGGAAGGGUAGCAAACCCUCGCCAUCUGCUGUUCCUUCUCCGCCCCCUCCGCCCAUUUGAGAGGUAUUCGACUCCUGAUAUCUAAUUAGGUUUUGUCCGUCUCGAUUUCCUGUGGUUAGAUUUCUUGGGUUGUACUUUUUUGAUUCGAUUUGCUACGGCUCUUGUCUGUCUAAAGGCGUCGAUUCUUGUUGAUUUCAUUGAGAAGGUUGAUUGAAAUCUUUGUUUGUGAUGGUGGUACUCUUCUAACCAUUUGUUACGAAUGGGAUCUGUUGCUGGUGUUAGUUCUUUCGUAAACCUUGUUAUUUGAUUGCUUGUGCGUGUGAAUUGGGUUUCAUGGACGGCGAGAGUAUGUUAAUGACCGCUUAAUGUGUUGCUUCUUUGCUUCGAUAGUGAGCCAUUUGUUUCCUGCUGUUGUGUUGUUUGGCCAUCUUGUUUUCGUCGCGGGAGGAUUUUGAUUAUUUGGUGCUUGUUGGUUUCGUAUGACGUCAUGGCAUGUAGCUUUCAGCAGCGUGUAUAAUUUUUAUUAUAUUUUUCAAAAAUUUCUUUUUCGGUAUUAUGCUAUCAAUGAUAGUGCUUUUUAUACAGAUUUUUUGCAGAAAACAAUAAUGUAAGAUUCUACCUUUCAUCCAUUUUUGAAAAGAAAACAACUUGAUAGCUAUCAUCAAAAGAUGUAUUCAAGGGCAGUCACUAUUGCGUUCUCUGCAACAGGAGCCAGAAAAUGUUAGCAAUUAAACCUCAAAGGAUCUUAGCAUCGUUAGGUGUCCAGUCAUCUCCAUUGAGCCAGGACCCACUAGACUAGUUAGUCCUAAAAUUAAAUUGUAUAUUGAAAAACCUCAUAAAGAGGUUCCAAACAGAAUUUGAAAAGCUGUGGUUACAGAAAAUGUGGUCCACAGGAUCCAGGUGCUCUUUGUCUCCUCACACAAACAGCAGCGAUGUAUACUGGUUAUGUUCAGGUGAGCCAAUCUCUCAGUGGUAAGAAGGUGACUGCAAGAAGUUUCCAACAAAUGAUAACAACUUUAUGAGUGGCUGGGAGCUUCCAAGGCCCUGCUCCAUCCAUUCCUUUGAGAUCCGAAAUCAGUGUUCCUAGUUUUGAGGAAACAAUAUGCUGAUUUCACAGUAGCUGAAUCCUUAGUAUCAGGGUUGUUGGGUUCUGCUAUCGCUUGACACAAAGUGAACAGGGUUGGUGAGUCCUUGCAUGGUGGUUUCUUGAAGUGCUCCAAUAGGUAGGCAGUAUUAGAGGAGCAUUUUUCUUUAUUGUACAUGUCAAAGUGGCGGGAUGUAGAGGAUUACAGCUCUGGACCAGUAGGCACCGGACUGGUACACGCUGGUCAUAAUUCAGAGUUUGUUUAACCCAUUCUUUAAUUAGCAUUAACCCAAACCCCCCACCCCCUAGGGUCCUCUCCCUCUUGAUGUCACACUCGCCUCCCUUGUGCCGCCCACCACUGUCCUCUUCCUACUUUGUAUUUCUGUCCACUGCCUCCUCUUCCUGUAAGCAACUCAGAAUAAAAUAUCUUAUAUAAGAACUGAAAAGAUCUUUAAAGCAUCUUGCAAGCUUCGCCAUCUGAUGAUCAUUUCUCUUGUGUUUCGCUUACUAGUCUUACUCAAGCUGUUAUGUUUAAGAAUGGGAUGCUUUAUUGCACAUUGAUUGAGUUUGAUAUGCUUUAACCAUAAUUUCUCAACAGAUAACUGAUUUUCAUAUCCUCUAUUUUGUUUCUGUAAAAACCAAAGUUUUCACUAUAUUGGUUUGCCAUUGGAGCCAUAAAAAUUCUAAACAAACAACUAGUUUUUCUAGCUUUCAUUUUGUUUCAUACAAGGUAUACAUUUUCGAAUGAUACCGCCCGGUACAGGCGGCGGUAUGUAUCGGUCUGACAGUAAACCGGUACACGGACCGCUCGCUACCGGGUGGUAUAUAUAUAUAUAUAUAUAUAUAUAUAUGCAACGUCGCCCCACCUCGGGAGAAGAGAGGCGACGUCGCACAUUUUUUAAAAAUAUAAAUAAAUAGAUAUAUAAAUAAAAGAAUAUAUAUAUAUAUAUAUAAUGGUAUACGGAGCGGUAUAGCACUCGAUAUACAAUAUCGUACCGUACUGUACCGAGAGAAUGUCGAAACUUAGGUACAGUACGAUAUUUCAAUCCUUGGUUUCAUAUAAGGAUUAAAUUGUUUAUUUAUCGGUCCAUAUAGAUCCCUUUUUUUGGAGACGGUGGAUAGGAGUAGGGGGCAACAAGCGGGGACAGGGACCAUGAAAGGUGAUCGGCCCAGGUGGACUGCACGAGGAAGGGAAAGAAGAUGGGGGUUGGGUUAUUAAGGUUUUUUAAAAAAGUUAAAAAUAAUAAUAAAAGAUUGGCCUUACCGCUCGGUUUGCAGGGCUACCAGGUGGUAAGCCUUGUACCAUAUGUGGAGUGCUGGAAAUUGGAUUAUUCUCAUGCUGGUUCACAUCCGAACCUGGUCAAUAUUGGGGAGUACAUAUAGAUCUAGAUGAAAUUGCAUUCGUUUUCCAUGUGUUGUGAAUUUGAUGUGAUCAUGCUUGUUUAUGGAUGCCAUGAAUCGGUAACAAAUCUCCUGUGCAUCAUUGAUUCUGGUUUGUAUUGCACUUUGGGGGGGAUAUCAUGGUAUCAACAUUAGUAACACUAUUGUGAACGAACCUCGUAUUGGAAAAGCUCAAGGAAAGCCUCGUAUCAACAUUAGUAACACAAUUGGAUGCCUCAUCUUCGGACUCCUGCCAACAUCACGAGAACUGCUAUCACUAAGUCAUAGUGGAUCAUCAUGGGCUUGCUACAGCUUAUAUGUCCAUCCAUUCAGCAAAGACUGCUUCAUCCUUGUUAUUCCUUCACCAUGAACAAUAUGUUUCACCAAUGAUGGAUAUGCUCCGACUAUCAAGUAUGCUCACACUGGGAAAAGUACAUUCAAAUAGGCAUCAGGGAUGCAUUUCAACUGAAACAGAUUGGUCAUAUGGUCAUGUUCAGAUGACAUGCAGAAUGGCAGCUGGUCAACAGAAGAAACGGUUAACAAGUUCCAACUUCCAUGAACAACAUAAAGGAAAGAAGAAAAAAAAGCUGGACUCAUCUGACUACAUAUUAAAUUUAAGAUGUCGUGUGGAUCUGGCAUGGGAUGACCGUCAAAGGAGAGUUGUGGCAAAGAAGGAACAAAUCAGUUUAUCAUGGACAGAUAUUUCUCCUUUCCUUGACUCUGUUUCCCAGUCCCAUGCUGGCUUAGCUGAUGUUGUUUCUGUUCCAAUUGAAAUUUUUAGUUUGGACAAUUUGACUGAUGUUCUUUCUUACGAGGUUUGGGCUACAUGUCUUUCAGAAUCAGAGAGAAAGCUUCUCACUCAGUUUCUUCCUAGUGUGAAAGGUGCAGAACAAGUAGUUCAUUCGUUGCUUAACGGAGAAAAUCACCACUUUGGAAAUCCUUCCCUGAAAUGGUCUACUUCUCUUUGUGCUGGUAAUCUUCAUCCCGAUAUUCUUCUUCAAGUGGAGGAACAAUGUCAACUCAGUAAGAGGGCAUAUUAUUGUGAGAUAAAUAAGUAUCACAAGGGCAUGCUUGAGGUUUUGAAGAAAUGGAAGGAACGAUGGUUAAACUGCAAGGAUCCAGAGUUACUGUUGAGUGAAGGAUAUUGCGAGGACAAGGAAGGAAGCUUAGCUAAUUCUGCUGAAAGGGCUAAAGUUCUUGCAAUCUCAAAGAGGGAAUCACCUCAUAAAGUCAAUGAUCAUGCUGGUGACACUGAUAAAUACAUGUCAUAUAUUAAGGUAAGCAGGGCACAACAUCAGCAGAUCAAGAAUAUAAAGCAUUCUGCUGAUGGUAUUCAACCUAAAUUACUUGGUCGUGUGCUUGGUGACAUACAAUGCUUUCAUGUUCAUCCUUAUGAGACAUUUGAAGAGGAAGAAAAGAAGAGGUUGCAUGAGCACUGGUUGCAAGUAGCAAACAAGGAUCUCUUGGUAGCUUUUGAGGCUGCUAGGGGCCGGAAGUUGUGGAGAGAGCGAUCUUGGAAAUCUUUGGAACGGGAACUCGCAGAGAAAAUGAAGUUUAUAAAUGAUAAGGAUGAUAAAUUAGAAAGUUCUGAGGGCUCCCCAGAAGAACCUACAUAUGAUGGUUAUUGCAGAAAUCAACAUACCCAGGAUAUUAAUGACAAAAGUUACGGCCAGUCCAAAGAUAAUUCCAUUGAUGACCAUCAGUUGGAGCUCAUUCCUUCUCCGAAUAGUCACAAGGAACCUAGUCUUAUCAUCCACAACCAAGAAGAGACAUUACAACAGGAUGAUGAUUUCUCUCCUCUUUCGCAUGUGGAAAAGCAGAAUCCUAAAAACAUGUGGCAGACGGCAGGUGUUUCUGAUUCUUAUUACCAUUCUACAGAGAACCAUGGUUACACAUCAGCUAGCGAGUUGUCUCUUCGGCAACCCCAACUUACAAUAGAACAUCCAACUAAUAUGAUUGAUCUAGAGAGAGACAUAAUAGAAUCCGAAGGUGGAGAGUCCAUUCCAUCAGCUUUUGAUGUAGACGGCCGGCCUUCUCUGUUUUGUUCAUUUGGUCGAAACGAGAUGCUUCCAACCUUUCCAAAGGAACCGAGAGUGAUGUCAUCUUAUCCAGAACAUAUAAACGGCAUGAAGCAACCUGGAUUGCAGUUUUUGAUGGCUAAUGAUGAUUUGCAAGAAUCUAGCCUGGUUUCCAAUCAAUUGCAGGAGCAGCAGCAGUUGAUAGAGCAGAGAGAUGUAAGGGAGAAAGAGGUAUAUAUGCAACAAAUCAUACCCAAGAAAGUAUAUUCCACAACCAGGUACCCAACCCAAGGGUUUCCAUCAGUUGAUCGUCAGAAUCUUGCUGCUGUUCAGUCAUCCAUGAAUAGUGGUACCCGAGGCUACAAUUGGUUUCCCGGUGAUGAUCAGUCUUACAGUAGUUGGUCUGCAGUUGAAUCAUCGAGGGGUGGUGGCCACUGUUUGGACGAUGGUGGCAAUGCAGAUGGGAGCCUCUAUAGUGUUUUAUCUAACAAGUUGUCAACGUGCUCACCAUAUGACAGUAAUAGUUCAGAACAGUAUCUCCAACCAAGAAGCUUUGUUGGAAAUGUUAUCCCCAGUGCUCACAAUAUUUAUGGGUACGGACAGCAUCAACCGGACGACCCAAGCAGCCAUCAAAUGGGUGUUACUCCAUCAAUGAACAACGGGUCAUGGAUGAACUUUCCACAUCAAAAUCCGGAUCUUCACGAUCCUUUGGGGAGACCAUUUCAAAGGCCUUGGGAUCAUCAGUAGCACCUUACUGGCGGCAGAACCCUCGAUCAAGUUCUCCUUUUUGACUCGUUUGCAGGCUGAACCCUCUGUCAAGACAUAUUUACUCGUAAAGAGGCUCAUGUGCAGAAUGCACCAAGAUGACUUCAUAAAAUUUAGUUAUUUGGCCUUUGUGGGGUGGCCUCUCUCAUAACCGGUGCUUGCAAACACUACGAGUUUGGUGGUUUGUACAUAUAUCCUGAAUGCCAUGAGGAUGUGGAAGGGGAGAGGAACAGAUUGCUUUGGUUCAGCAGGGAUUUUUUUUUGUUACAGCUUUUUUUUUUAUUUCGCAUUGUAUGAAGGGUAUUAUUAUAUUUUUUAUGUUGGGAACGAGGGUUCCUUCCACAAAUAAAAAGUUUUGAUCAUUUACAUAAAAUAGUCCUGAUGAUGGCAACUGCUUUAGGUCA